UCGGUUUGGAUCUCGAAGAGAACGGACAGCAGGAAAAAAAAUCAAAAGUGUGAAAAAUAUAAUUUGUAGAAGUUUUUAAAAUUCCUUUUCAUUCAGUACAAGUGAACAACUAUAUUGGAAAAACCCAGAAGCAUCAAGCGGAAUAUACUAGCAAGUCUCAACCAUCAACCAGUGAAGCACUAUCAAGCUACUAAUUUUUGAAGGCCACUUUCGUGCGGUAGAAAAAUCAAUACUUUUGAGCGAACGCACCUCAAGACCUCGGCAAGAACCGCCCAAGUCGUGUGAAAAAUGUGCGACCCGUGCUGCAGCCCCUGCGAUCCCUGCUAUCCCUGCUAUCCUUGCUCACCCCGUUCCCCUUCCUAUCUGAACUGGUGGAAGCGACCGCUGAUAGUCUACGACAGUACCACAACAGUUCAUCACAGCUGGAAUCUCCGCCGGAAGGAACCCAACAUUCCGGAUAUACGCUACGAAGAAAUGUACUGCGGAUGCCAACGAAUCUACUUCGUUAUCAACUGCACCAUCCUUUCCCCCGUCCUAAAGGGUCCAUGUCCCCCACCCUGUGCUCCCGGAAGUUUGUGUGAUCCAUGUGUUCCCAAGACCUAUGCGGCCCACGAUUUAAACUGCAUGCCCCAAUGCCCAACCGUUUGCCCUCCAGUGCAAUGCGGCCCGCGAUUUAUCACAGUUCAGCAGCCUCCCCGAGUUGUCGCCCAGAAAAAGCUCAUCAACUGUUGCCGCACUGUGGUUGAUAAGCAUGUGGUCCCACGAACGAAGACCAUUGUGGAACCGAAAAUUAUCUACCAACCACGCACCUAUGUGGAACCUUGCAUCAUCUACCGGAAGCGAGUAGUGCCCGAUCCGAAAAUUUUGUACUACAAGCGAAUCGUACCCGACCCAAAGAUUGUGUGCACCCCGCGUACGAUUGUCGAACCUAAGGAGAUAUGCACAACGAUGGUGUGCCAACCGAAGCCACAGAUCGUGCAGAUCCCACCGCCUCCGGCUUACUGCUGUAUUCCAACAUAUACUGGAUUCACCAAAACACCGGCGUGCUCACCGUGCGAUCCGGUUUGCCGGCCAAAGCGAUGUGGUGUACCGGCUCGAUGCUGCAAAAGUCGUGAAUUGCGUGGAGGAAUUCUCAUCGCCAACUGCGAGUGUCUCAAGCGAAACGGUCUCCAACAUGAUUGCCCCCGUUCGGAAUGUCAGGGAAAACCUUGUUGUCUAACCAAACCGGAAGCCACCUGCUGUCCGUCGACCUAUGCACGACGCUUCCGCAACGUAACCAUGGGCAACAAGAGUAACCCGGUGUGUCCCAAGCGCUGUCGGGUGACCACCACCGGAAGCGGUUGCAACCCGUGCGCCAUCGACUGCUACUCGUGUCCCCCGGGAUGCGGACCUUGUGGACCUUGCGGACCAUCAUGUGUACCAUGUGGACCUUGUGGUCCAUGCGGACCAUGCGCGCCGUGUGGACCAUGCGGACCAUACGGUCGCUGUGCCCCUUGUGGACCUUGCGGACCUUGUGAACCAUGCGGUCCGGUGUGUGACCCUAGCUGUCCUCCGCUGGGUGAUCCGUGUGGUUGUGUCCCCCAAGGUGACUGUGGCCCGUGCGGCGCAGCGACACCCAACUGUAUGCCGUGCUAUGAUCCUUGCACUCCAAGCGUACCGCCAGCAUGUGGAGACCUGUGCCCUCCCUAUCCUACAUGUGUUGCUUGCUAAGCUACAGAGAUCCAAUGACCGGUUCCCCACGUUCCCCGAUAUCUUACUUAGUGCCAACCUGCCUGCCUUAGUGUAUCUCCCUGAAGUUGUUGAAUUGUCCCGUUAGAUGCAUAUAUUCAGUUAAGACGCGGCCAUCUUCAACAGCGCAUCAUCGAUGAAUACUCGUUAAACUUAACAACUAAAAAUACUGCAAAAUACUAGCCAACAAUUUGUAUAAUCUAGUGCACGGAAACAUCUUCCCAACUACGCGGAAUGAGUAACCAAUAUAGUUGUUUUAAACGUACCAAAACAAAAAAAACGCCUUUGCUU